AUGCAGAGAGGAGAGCUGAAGCUCACAAACCCUCAGCAGAGCCACAGGCCCAAAACCCCCAACAGAGCCACAGGCCCAAAACCCCCAACAGAGCCACAGGCCCAAAACCCCAACAGAGUCACACCCCAAAACCCCCAACAGAGCCACAGGCCCAAAACCCCCAACAGAGCCACAGGCCCAAAACCCCCAACAGAGCCACAGGCCCAAAACCCCAAACAGAGCCACAGGCCCAAAACCCCAACAGAGUCACACCCCAAAACCCCCACAGAGCCACAGGCCCAAAACCCCAACAGAGCCACAGGCCCCAAAACCCCCAACAGAGCCACAGGCCCAAAACCCCCAACAGAGCCACAGGCCCCAAAACCCCCAACAGAGCCACAGGCCCCAAAACCCCCAACAGAGCCACAGGCCCCAAAACCCCCAACAGAGCCACAGGCCCCAAAACCCCCAACAGAGCCACAGGCCCCAAAAACCCCCAACAGAGCCACAGGCCCCAAAACCCCCAGCUUCCAGAGGAGCUAUUUAACACUAAAGCAGAGUACUGUGGAUGAACAGAGUAGUGUCUCAUUUUAG